AUGAAAGACGAUCUUGCCGACCAACAAAUAGUAAAUGUGAAUAAUAAAACAGAGAUGAUAUCAGAUAGUCAAGAUAAACAUCCAAUGAUCGCUCAGUUAGCAAGUUUACAAAGGCUAAAAGAAGUCGGUUGGUAUUGGGGUCCAUUGAGUUGGAUUGAUGCUGAGCGUUUGUUAAAAGAUAAACAAGAUUAUUCUUUUAUUGUUCGUGAUAGUAGCCAUCGUCACUAUUUUCUCGCAAUAACAUUCAAAUCGCAAGGUAAUAUCCAUCAUACGCGAAUUGAACAUAGCAGCAAUUCAUUUAGUUUCUAUCAUGGAAAUUCCAAAUCACAAUGUACAUCGUCUGAUGUCGUCGAAUUUAUAGAAAAUACAAUUGCACAUUCGAAAUCGGGUCAAUUUAUGUUUUUUAUCAGGUCAAGUAUACCCGGUCAACCAAUGACACCUGUUCGUCUACUCUAUCCAGUUUCACGCUUUGCGUACAUGUCAUCAUUGAAACACAUAGCCCGGUUUGUUAUUCAUCGUCAAAUACGUCGCGACCGUAUCGAUGACUUAGAUCUUCCAAUACGUUUGAAAUCAUUUUUAAAAGAAGCUCAGAUCUACACCGAAAGCGUACCGACAUCAGAUGAUAUUUCAGAAACAUAA